AUGGAGCCCGGCCCCGACGGCCCCGCCGCCCCCGGCCCCGCCGCCAUCCGCGAGGGCUGGUUCCGCGAGACGUGCAGCCUGUGGCCGGGCCAGGCCCUGUCCCUGCAGGUGGAGCAGCUGCUCCACCACCGGCGCUCGCGGUACCAGGAUAUCCUGGUCUUCCGCAGCAAGAGCUACGGCAACGUGCUGGUGCUGGACGGGGUCAUCCAGUGCACCGAGCGGGACGAGUUCUCCUACCAGGAGAUGAUAGCCAACCUGCCGCUCUGCAGCCACCCCAACCCGCGCAAGGUGCUGAUCAUCGGAGGCGGGGACGGCGGUGUCCUGCGGGAGGUGGUGAAGCAUUCCUCCGUGGAGUCCGUGGUCCAGUGCGAGAUUGACGAGGAUGUCAUCCAAGUCUCAAAGAAGUUCCUGCCCAGUAUGGCCAUUGGCUACUCCAGCCCAAAGCUGACCCUGCACGUGGGCGACGGCUUUGAGUUCAUGAAACAGAACCAGGACGCCUUCGACGUUAUCAUCACCGACUCCUCGGACCCCAUGGGCCCCGCCGAGAGCCUCUUCAAGGAGUCCUACUACCAGCUCAUGAAGACGGCCCUGAAGGAGGACGGGAUCCUCUGCUGCCAGGGCGAGUGCCAGUGGCUGCACCUGGACCUCAUCAAGGACAUGCAGCACUUCUGCCGGUCGCUCUUCCCCGUGGUGCGCUACGCCUACUGCACCAUCCCCACCUACCCCAGCGGCCAGAUCGGCUUCAUGCUGUGCAGCAAGAACCCGAGCACCAACUUCCAGGAGCCCGUGCAGCUGCUGACGCAGAAGCAGGUGGAGCAGAUGCAGCUGAGAUACUACAACUCCGACGUGCACCGGGCGGCCUUCGUCCUGCCCGAGUUUGCCCGCAAGGCCCUGAACGAUGUGAGCUGA